AAUUUGAUGAGUAUUGGCUUCAAUAUGAUACUUACUCAGAUGAUAACACUUGCCAUUAUCGAAAAUUAGCACGUGAAAAUAAUUUUGAGUUGGUUGGAUGGUAUCAAAUCAACAAACAAACAAUAUUCAACAACAUGGAAAUAUUAUUUGACAAUCUAAAAAAAAUAGAAUAUACAACACAAAUUCCGUUGAUAUUACUUUAUUGGGAUAUAGAAUGUAGUAGUACAAGAGGACCUGGAUAUUUUCCUGUUGGAGAAGAACAGCAAGAUUAUAUCUAUAUGAUUCAAAUAGAUUUUUGCUUUCUUUCUGAACCAACAUUAUUUAAACAUUUUUGUCUAACAGAAAUUCCAAUUAAUCAAAAUUUAUUUAAUAAAAAAUAUGGCAACAAUCAAAUUAUCAAUAUUCA